AUGGAUGGAUCCGUGAAAACACUCGCAGCCGAUAGUGCAACUACUGCAGGUGAAUUGUGCACCCAAUUAGCACAAAAAGUCGGCCUCAAGGAGAAAUUUGGCUUUAGCUUGUAUAUAGCACUCUUUGACAAGGUGUCAUCUCUCGGUUCUGGUUCUGAUCACGUUAUGGAUGCAAUAUCUCAAUGUGAACAAUAUGCAAAGGAACAAGGUCGGCCGGAGCGGAACGCA